GGGGUGGCGCGCGGGAUGCCGGGAGCCGCGCGGGGCAUUGUGGGGCGGUGGGGCCCGCAGGCGGCGGCGCCCGGAGCAGGCCGAGCCCGGGGGGGGGCGGCGGCGGUGGCGGCGGCGGCGGGGGGGGGGGGGGUCGGUCGGUCCGAGAGGCCGGAGCCCCCCCGGCAACGCGGGAUGGGCGACAGCGACCGCGACUGCCGGAGCCCCGAUAGCUCAUCCCUGAGCGCCUCCCCGCCCCCCCCGGAGCCGUCGGCCCCCCUGCACCCCCCCUCCAUGAUCGGCUCGGCCAUGACCUCCUCCCUCAACUCUCCCGGCGCCGCCUUGGGCUCCCCCUUCCCCGUCAUCAGCUCCUCCAUGGGUUCCCCGGGCCUCCCCGCCACCCCCGCCAUCGCCUACGGCCCCGUCAGCAGCCCCCAGAUCAACUCCACGGUCAACCUCUCGGGGCUGCACCCCGUCAGCAGCUCGGAUGACGUCAAGCCCCCCUUGGGGAUCCGAGCCGUCCCGUGUCACCCCCACGGCCCCGGCGUGGCCGGCAAACGCCUCUGCGCCAUCUGCGGGGAUCGCUCCUCAGGGAAGCAUUAUGGGGUGUACAGCUGCGAGGGUUGCAAGGGCUUCUUCAAACGGACCAUCCGCAAGGACCUGACCUACACUUGCCGCGACAACAAGGACUGCGUGGUGGACAAACGCCAACGCAACCGCUGCCAGUACUGCCGCUACCAGAAGUGCCUGGCCACCGGCAUGAAGCGGGAAGCCGUGCAGGAGGAGCGCCAGCGGGGCAAGGAGAAGGAAGGCGAUGGCGACUUGGGGGUCAACGCCAACGAGGAGAUGCCGGUGGAGAAGAUCUUGGAGGCCGAGUUGGCGGUGGAGCAGAAAUCGGACCAAAAUGUGGACGGCAGCGGGGGCAGCUCGGCCGCCGACAAGCAGCUCUUCACCCUGGUGGAGUGGGCCAAGAGGAUCCCCCAUUUUUCCGACCUGCCUUUGGACGACCAAGUCAUCCUCCUGCGGGCGGGCUGGAACGAGCUGCUCAUCGCCUCAUUCUCCCACCGCUCCAUCUCCGUCAAGGACGGCAUCCUCCUGGCCACCGGCCUCCACGUCCACCGCAACAGCGCCCACAGCGCCGGCGUGGGGGCCAUCUUCGACAGGGUGCUGACCGAGCUGGUCUCCAAGAUGCGGGACAUGCGGAUGGAUAAGACGGAGCUGGGUUGCCUUCGCGCCAUCAUCCUCUUCAAUCCGGACGCCAAGGGCCUUUCCAACCCCGCCGAGGUGGAGCUGCUGCGGGAGAAGGUUUACGCUUCCUUGGAAUCCUACUGCAAGCAGAAGUAUCCGGAGCAACAGGGCAGGUUCGCCAAGCUGCUCCUGCGCCUGCCGGCCCUGCGCUCCAUCGGCCUCAAAUGCCUGGAGCAUCUUUUCUUCUUCAAGCUCAUCGGGGACACCCCCAUCGACACCUUCCUCAUGGAGAUGCUCGAAGCCCCCCACCAGCUCUCCUGAGACACCCCCCCUCCCCCCCCCCCCCCAAAAAAAAAAUUGGGGGGGAGGGGAAGGGGCGCGGGGGGUGGGGUGGGCUCAGGACCCCCCCUGAAGGAUUUGGGGAGGGGGGUGGGGGGGGGGUCCCAUGUUGUUUCCAUCCACACACACACACCCCCCCCCAACCUCUUGUAAAAUAACCACCCCCCCCCCACAUCGCCCUCCCCCAGGGGUGGUUGGGGGGUGGUUACGGGCCCCCCUCCCCCCCUCGAAAAAGGCGGAGGGGGGGGGGGCAGCAGGACCCCCCUGAGGGAUUUUGGGGGGGGUCUCAUAUUGGUUUCCCCCCCCCCGCCUCGACCUCUUGUAAAAUAAACCCCCCUCCUUCCAUCACGCUCCCCCCGGGGGUGAUUGUGGCCCCCCCCAAAAAACUGGGGGGGGGG